UUCUUUCUUUUUCAUCGCAAUAGUGGGUAUAAUGUUCUCUUGCAGACUUUCCCCGCCAAUGUGGACAGAUAUUCAAUACGUAACAAUCCUCUUCCAUAUCCAGUCUAUGGACGCUUUGUUCGACUGCAUAUACGUGGUUGGCGAGCACACAUUUCAAUGAGGCUGGAGUUGUAUGGAUGUCCAUGGAGCCGUUGUGAUAUUCCACUUGGCUUGGAAGAUGGCCGCUUCCCUGACCAACUUGUUACCGCGUCUUCAUUUUACAACUACUACUGUGCACCAAGAAAUGCUAGACUGCAUCAGAGACGGGUUGGCAGGCUUGGAGGGGCGUGGUGUGCCAGACGAAGUGACAGAAACCAAUGGAUUCAGUUUGAUUUUGGAGGACGAACUCGUGUCACGCGCGUCUGCACACAAGGUCGUCAGAACUCUGAUCAGUGGGUGACAAGUUAUUACGUGACAUACAGUCGAGAUGGCCAACAUUUCACACCAUACAGAGAAGGACGCGGUACCAAGGUAAACUACAUUCGUCAAAACCGGCUAAACUACGUUCUUAAACCUAGCCUCCACUACUACAUAAGCACAAGCAUAAGCAUAACUGUAGUGAGAGCGCCCACAACACAGGCAAAAGUAAGUCUGUUGUUAUGCAGCUCUUUAGAACCUCUAAUUUCAUUGGAUCUUGUUGGCACGAAGCUUUAUUGUUUUAGGGCUAGGGUCCAUUGUUACUACUGUUUGUAUAUCAUUUUCUCAGCCAAUCCUGUGCGACGUUUCGAAGAGCUUCCCGGCUACCCAAGCAAGUAG